AUGGAGUCAAACGACUCUCCCCCUAAUGGUAGUGACUGGUUCAACAGAUGCCGAUCACACGUACCUUGGCGGACUCGGACUCCUUCCCCAGCAAACCUUCCGGGUCUCUGUCAGCACUGCUGCAAGAUCGACUUCGAACAGUUUGCAUCGACACGAGUUCCGUCCAAGGACAACUCGCCACAGACGAGGAUACUCAUCUCGCUCUUCAACGUUAUCAAACAUCAACGAGAUGGAAGAUGCAAUUUUUGCACUGUUCUCUUCGACGCCAUCGCACUCAAACGUCACGAUCCAUUCGAACAUCCAGCUGUGAGGGACUACAUGCCUUCUGAUGCGAGAGGUAGGACUUUCGAGACAUGGGCAAAAGGAAUCAGGUGGCAUGAUAGAUUGACGCAUGUUCCCCAUCCCUUCGGGCAGAGUCGGAACAGGAUCAUCAUUGAAGAAGACCCUUCAAAUCCAAAUUUGUUACGAGAACGUCGUGAUGAGGCGAUGGAAAAUGCUGAACAAGCGGGACUCUUUACCAGCGGCGCGGUUGUUGGCGCAACUACGACCGCCGCAGUACAGGACACGAAUAGGGACCGACAACUGGGUCUCACUGUUGCAACCGGCGCAGGGUCGUUGGCCGCCUCGCUUCUCACUAUGGACAAUAAGUUGCCUGUCGUUUUCCAGGUAAAGAUGCACAACGUCAAUGCCGAUGACGCUGGGCUUCUCGAGAUAAGCCUUUGGGGGUAUGGAGGUCGGGCACAGGCACCUCUCACAAUCCUCAGCCAGUUCAAUCUUCGAAUCGCGUCCAGCCUGAUGAUCAAGGAAGGCAAAGAAAACCUUCGUUAUGGAAGAACGAUGGGUAAGAGAGUCAAUAUUGAAGGCGACUGUCUUAAUUGGCUGAACCAUUGUCGCCAAAAUCACGAGCAUAUCUGCGCAACGCCUCAGUGGUCGACUGGUCUGCCUAAGCCAGCGGGCGAGCAUUUUCGACUCAUCAAAAUCGGAGAACUCAAACCUCGAAAUGAAGAAGGCGAGAUCCCAAUGCAUACCAAAACCCAAGCACACGACGAGACAGAUGCUGAAGCUGAAGACGAUGAAGACAAGAACGAAGAAUAUCUUUGCAAGAUAGUACAAGUCGACAUCGAUGGCCGGGGAGGAGAAGUACCUGAGUACGCGGCCCUUUCGUACGUGUGGGGUGAUACGGGAGCUAAGUCCCUGAAUCUCAACUCGGAGAAUGUGUCUCAACUCGACCAGCAAAUCAACGAUCAGAAUGAAAAGGUGGCUCGAACGAUAUCUGAUGCUAUCAAGGUAGCCAAGCGCUUAGGGUUCCAAUAUCUUUGGGCAGACAGUCUUUGCGUCAUCCAGAAGAGGAGCAAUGACGACGGGGCAGAAGCGCGGGAGUCACAACUCAAACAGAUGGACAGCAUCUUUGGCCAUGCCACAGUUGUUCUGAUCGCCUCGGCAGGAAAGAAUUCCGAAGCUGGUUUAGUGGGUGUAUCCUCAACUCGCGAGCCAAUGCAGAUGGCCCGGGAAGUGAGACCGAACGUUAACGUCUUACUCCCCGUGGAGUAUGAUAAAUCUUACGGCAAGUGGGAUACACGAGGUUGGACCCUCCAAGAGAAGCUUCUCUCCAGAAGAUUGCUUGUGUUUGGUGAGAAGUACGUUAGCUUCCAUUGCAGACAUGGCAUCUUGCGCGAGGAUGUGCCUGCGGCACAUGCCGGCAAAGGCGCUGGACCCCCUCCAAUUCCUUAUCUCUCGAUGCCACCAGACAUUCAUGCUCCUACGACCGCAAUGGCCUGGAAUGGAGUCCCCGUUCUCCUGAGAUCCCCUUUUUUCAGCGAAUAUGCGAAGCUUCUGGAGCAAUACACUAGUCGAGAUAUGACUAAGUCUAGUGAUAUCCUCGACGGUAUGUAUGGCCUUCUUAAGGUUCUGGAGCAUAUGAGAGGCUCACAGAGGCCGCCCGAUGCUUGUGCCCUUACAUAUCUCCAAGGUACUGAACGAGGGGACCGCACUCUCUAUGGACUUCCCGAGGAGUUCCUCGACCUUGCACUGCUUUGGCAGCCUCCAGCAGCGGUUGGGACGUAUCUGACUAAAAGGGCGAACGAUGUUCUCCCCAGCUGGUCAUGGGCUGGGUGGGAGGUCAGUAAAGACCCUACCCAUGGUGAAAAAGAUGGAGAGUAUGAUGCCCAUCCCGGCGUGCGAUUCGAAGAGCCGUUCUGGGUCUCCGGCAAUGACGACAUGUCCCUCAGGAAAUUCAGGGCGACCGGCAGCAAUGCUGAGGAGCGUUUCAGACCAUUGGUGAUGUGGUACAAGUGGUCUGCCACGCGUCAAGAGAAGCCGCCCCCUCCGCCAAAAAAGUCGCAUUUGAAAUCCGAUUCCGUGACGAGACUACAGAAGACGCUACCAGUAGUCUCACAGCUCGCAACUAGAUCUCAGCUCGCAACAAAACCUCAACAUGCUGAGCGCAGCCUAGCACCUGUGAAUGGGUCCGGUGUAGGCAUUGUGUGUGGUUCGCGCGAUGUGGACUCACGAGCUUUGAAGAAAGCCCUCAAAUUUCGUGGGGUCGACUAUGAAGCCGCGGGUGCCCCUUCCAUGCCGCCCGGAAUUCGGCUAGAUGACCGCCACCUAGUCUGUGAGACGAUGGUGGCCACCUUUAGACUUCGUCAGAGGAGAUCUAGGAAAGAGCCAUUAUGGAAUCUGGUUGAUGGAGUUGCGAAAAUUGAGAAGGAGCUGCAGAUUUUGGAAGCCGAGAUCUUGGACGACAAAGAGAACGUCAUCGGCCACAUGAUCCAUACUGACCAACGAAAAACCAUAUCGGCCCAUCCUUAUGAUUUUAUCCUGCUCUCCGAAUCGCAGUACUGGGGAACUGAGAAGAGAAUUGACAUCGUGGGCUACCCAUUAUACAAUGUCAUGACCGUUGAAUGGGAUACUAUGGUUCACUAG